AAUCUUCUGUCGACGGAGUAAGCAAAUCACUCCAGUGAGACUCUUACAUAAAUAAAACUCCUCAUUUCUCACUCACUCUCGCUAUCUCACUCCGUUCCUCUCUUCAACUUCGUUUCCAGUAAACCAUGAACAAGCUCGUCCGUUCCACUCUCAGAAACAAGACUCUGUCAUCUUUAGCAUAUGCUGCGGUUUCCAGAAGUUUUCAGGAAAAUGUCCUUCAAGCUCCCUUAUGGUCUAGAUCAUAUAGUACAGAAUCUUCCUUGGCAAAGGAUGAUUCAACCAGUGGUGACAAAAGUGAAGGGUUCAAAUCCCAUGAUAUGCUUGCCCCUUUCACCGCUGGAUGGCAGACUGAUUUGACUCCUUUGAUUAUAGAAAAGUCAGAGGGAAGCUAUGUAUAUGACGUUAAUGGGAAGAAAUAUCUUGAUGCACUUGCUGGUCUAUGGUCCACUGCUCUAGGGGGAAAUGAGCCCCGCCUUGUUGAGGCUGCCAAUGCACAGUUAAAGAAGUUACCGUUUUAUCAUUCCUUUUGGAAUCGGACCACAAGACCUUCUUUGGAUUUAGCCAAGGAACUCCUAGAAAUGUUUACAGCAAGAAAAAUGGCUAAAGCUUUUUUUGUUAAUAGUGGAUCAGAAGCCAAUGACACACAGGUGAAACUUGUAUGGUAUUAUAACAAUGCACUUGGAAGACCGGAUAAGAAGAAAUUCAUAGCUCGUUCUAAAUCGUAUCAUGGUUCUUCAUUGAUAACAGCCAGUCUAUCCGGCCUUCCAGCUUUGCAUCAAAAGUUUGAUCUCCCAGCACCUUUUGUCUUGCACACUGACUGUCCACAUUAUUGGCGGUUUCAUCUUCCAGGUGAGACAGAGGAAGAGUUUUCAACCAGAUUGGCCAACAAUCUGGAGGAGCUAAUUCUGAAAGAGGGACCAGACACAAUUGCUGCAUUCAUAGCUGAACCAGUGAUGGGGGCAGGAGGUGUAAUACUUCCACCAUCAACAUAUUUUGAUAAGAUCCAAGCUGUUCUCAAGAAGUAUGACAUUCUACUUAUUGCGGAUGAGGUGAUCUGUGCCUUUGGAAGGCUUGGGACAAUGUUUGGAUGUGACAAGUACAACAUUAAGCCUGACCUUGUUUCCUUGGCAAAAGCACUUUCUUCUGCCUAUUUACCAAUCGGAGCUGUCCUUGUGAGCCCAGAAGUUUCAGAAGUCAUAUACUCGCAGAGCAACAAACUUGGUAAUUUUUCUCAUGGAUUCACUUAUUCUGGACACCCUGUAUGCUGUGCUGUUGCAAUUGAAGCACUCAAGAUUUACAAGGAAAGAAAUAUCCUUGAUGUAGUGAACAAGAUAUCCCCAAGGUUCCAAGAUGGCAUGAGAGCUUUUUCUGACAGUCCUAUCAUUGGAGAGAUACGGGGAACUGGCUUGAUUAUGGGGACGGAGUUCUCAGACAACAAAUCACCUAAUGAUCCAUUUCCUUCUGAAUGGGGAGUAGCGACUUAUUUUGGAGAACAAUGUGAGAAAAAUGGGCUGUUAGUUCGUGUAGCUGGAGAUAAUAUCAUGAUGUCUCCACCAUUUAUAAUUUCCCCAGAAGAAGUUGAUGAGUUAAUCAGCAAGUAUGGUAAAGCUUUAGCAGCGACGGAAAAGCGAGUUCAGGAGCUCAAGUCUCAGCGCAAGUAGCCGAGGCUGAUGAUGAUGAUAAACUCUGCUGCCUUCGUUCCGAGGAAUUAUUAUGGUAAUAAGUUGCUAGACAAAUGAAUGUAUAAAACUUUGUUCCAACGUUGUCAUUAUUGUAAAUGUUCGUGAAUGGAUUGAUUUUCAUCCUAGUUUUGUCUUGCACAACUCCUGUUAUUUUACCAUUUUGCUGAAGUAAUCACCCUAUUCCCCAUCA